AUGAAGUUCAACCUUGUCUUCCUUGCCUCUCUCUGUGCCAACAGCGCACUCGUGUCUGCCUUGCCAACCGAUACGACCGAUGCGGCCAUUCUUCUUCUAGACGAUGGCACCACACAGACUAUCAACAAGAGAGACCUAGCUACCCAUCUGCCUGGAGUCUCUCUGACCCCGCCUACCGAGACUCUCCCGAAGUUCAUCGAGACCGGAUCCGAUGAUUCCACCCUCUCAAAACGUCUGAGCAAGCGCGCCGGCGCCCAGUUCAUCAUCCCUCUUCCUGACCAGAAGUUCCUCAACUGGGAUAUCCCAAUGUCCACCAUCGUGCAUGCCAACGGAGCCGAUGCCACCGCUGCUAUGGCAUCAGGCCAGAUGGUCGCCAACAGCAUCUCGGUUGCCCAGUCGUUUACCGCCACCGUGGAAAAGUUCCUACAACUCGGCACCACCGUAACCUACCAGUACACCGAAACGGCUACUCUCACCGGCACGGUUACCAUGACUAUCCCGAAGAACAAAUGGGGUGCCAUUGUUAGCAACCCCCUGGUCGAACGCAAGAGGGGUUACGUAUUCAGUGGAACGCCCGGAAGUGGACAGUACGAAUACUACCAGGCGGAUUCUUACACCCAUGAUACUUACAAAUACGGAGCAAACUCCUUGUCCUGGGUUAAGGGUGUUGUUACUACUUGCUUGGGAGACGCUUACCCUCUGAAGCGCUGCGUCGGAGAGGGUGUUUUGGAGUAA